AUGAAGACCUUUAUUUUCAACGUGGGCGCUUUUGCAGGCUGUAUAGCAUUUGCUUCAGCAGCAAGUAGAGUAUGCCAGGACUACAAGAUUCCUUUGACGGUGACAUCCCAGAACUACAUCUAUGAUCUGCCUCAUUUCGCCGACAACUACGAUGUAGUAGACUGGAUCUCGAAUCAUGGUAGUCGCACUGCUUCUGUUGACUUCCAUCCACUCUCGAGCACACUCCAAAACCAGACAGGUUCAUACACCAUCUCUGCUACCUUUUGUGCCCCCAAGGAUCCAAAAGCGGCAUACAAGGAUACGGUGCUUUUUGCUACUCAUGGCCUAAACUUUGAUAAACGCUAUUGGGCUUCUGAAGUCCAGCCCGAGAAUUACAGCUUUGUCGACUACGCCAUCAAUAGAGGAUACUCUGUUUUCUACUACGAUAGACUAGGGGUUGGGGCAUCCAGUAGCGUGUCCGGUUACACCAAUCAACUUCCUAUUCAAAUCGAGAUUGCUACACAGCUAAUUAAUUCAAUCAAAUCUGGAAAAUACACAAUGUCCGUCGGCAAACCAGCAUCUCUUGUCGUUGUUGGGCAUAGUUUUGGCAGCUCGAUUUCGGCUGGGGCUGUUGUUGCAAAUCCGGGAAUCUGCGAUGCGCUUAUUCUGACCGGCUUUAGUUACAAUGGGUCAAACCCGUCCGGUUUUAUCGAAGCAGCACAGCCACGUAUUGCAUCAUCCGUAGACCGUCGUUGGAGAAGCUUGGAUACUGGAUACUUGUUACCGGUUGAUAUCUAUUCAGGUGUCAACACCUUCUUCAAAAAACCAGACUACAACCUCGACGUUGUUCGCUAUGCAGACAGUAUCAAGCAGCCUCUGGGUCUGGUGGAAUUCUUGACGGUAGCCUCCGGUGAUCUUUCACCUACUGAGUUCACGGGAAAGGCAAUGGUGAUAACAGGCCAAUACGACUUUAUCUAUUGCACCGGCCAAUGCGACGACGUCAUUGAAUAUCCCGCCGCAGAUGUGUUUGCCAAAGCCAAAGAAUUCAAAGCCAUCAGUUAUCCUGGAGCUGGCCACGGUCUGAACUUUGCAUUAAAUGCAACCGGAGCAUAUGCAGAGAUUUUCGACUUUUUGGAGCAGUAA